AUGCCUCUCCUUCUUAUGGGACCACUCCGCGAGUUCUGCCAACUUGUCAUGGCAGAACCAGCCAAGCUUUUGGAUUUGAAUUUCCUUGCCACUCAAUACCAUCAAAAGUUUAGACUAACUAUGGACCAAACUUACCUCAUGAAGAAUUUUACCAAUGCGCUGCCAAUUUCUUCAGUGAUUGUUUACUUGUUCAUUGUUUUUGUUUUGCCAAAAUUGUUGCCAGUCCCAGCUAAGGAUGCAAAGAGACCAAUCUUGAAGAUGGUCAUGUUCUUGUGGAAUUUAUUCUUGAGUGUUUUGAGUUUGGCCAUGUUGUUGGGUGCUUCUGUUCCAUGGUUUACUUAUUUGAAGAAUGAUUACGCUUGGGAUUUACCAGGUUUGAUUUGUGAAGAGAAGCACGUGUUAGGUCCUGAAGAAGGUCUCCCACACAUUGUUUGGGCCUACAUUUUCGCUCUUUCCAAGUACUUGGAACUCUUUGAUACUGUCUUGUUGGUUAUCAAGCACCCAGAUCGUAAGGUUCCAUUCUUGCACUGGUUCCACCAUUUGACUGUUUUGCUCUUCACUUGGUAUGCUGUCUACACUCAAUAUGCUGUCGGAUACUGCUUUAUUAUUAUGAACUCUUUGAUUCACACCUUUAUGUACUACUAUUAUGCAUUGACUGAAUUGGGUUAUAGACCAAGUUGGAACUUUUUGUUGACCAUCGGUCAAAUUACUCAAAUGAUUUUGGGUAUUGUUUUCAAUUCCAUCUUUGCUUACAAGUUCUUCAAGAAUAGAGAUGCUGGUGUGCCUGCAGAGAAGAAUUGUCGUUGUGAUGCUCCAUACGAAAUUAUGUUGAGCUGUGUUGCCAUGUAUGGUGCUUAUUUGUACUUGUUUGUUGACUUCUUUGUUAGAAAAUACUUUGGUGCUCCAGCUGCCACUUCUGGAAAGAAGAAGAAUGAGUAA